AUGGAAAUACAAGCCGCAAAGGAAGCCGAGUACCUAGUCGAUCCUCUCAAACUCGCCAAUACGGUGAUGCAAAACCUGCGCGAUGACAAGUACGCCAAAGCGCAUGCACUCGUACUGGCGAGUGAUCGUCAUGCUCUCAAGAUGGGGCGGCCUCGCGGUGCAGUCAGCAAUGUGGUGAGCUGGAAUCAUCUCAUGGACUUUUGCAUGGCCCAGGGGCAUCCCAAGGCAGCUGUGGCGCUGUAUCAGGACAUGAAGAAAAGAGGCCAUUCGCCGGAUGCCCAUACACAUACUAUUCUGUUGCGCGGGCUGGCGAAUAACGUUCACAAGGGUGAUGCGACGAGCGCGGUCAAGAGUGCAAUGCAGGUCUACAAUGCGAUGUUCAAGCCGACUAGUGCCAUCAAAGCCAACACGAUUCACACAAAUGCCAUCAUGAUGGUAUGCGCAAAGGCCAAGGAUCUGGAUUCGAUAUGGAGGGUGGCAGGCACGCUGCCCGAGAAGGGCCCGGGGAGUGCGGAUCACUGGACGUACACGACGAUCCUCAAUGCGAUGCAGCACGAUUUGCUGCAGAAGUUGGCUGAGGCCGGAGCAGAGGAUGGGGGCAUGUCAAGUCAGCAACGCCAAGUUGCCAUUGAUGAUGCAAUGAGAGAUGCAAGGAGUUUAUGGAGAGAUGUUAUCGUCAAGUGGCGGAACGCGGAUCUGGAGGUGGAUGAGAAGUUGGUGACCAGUAUGGGGAGGCUGUUGAUGAUGAGUAACAGACGAAAUGAUGUCUUGGAUGUGUUCUCGUUGGUUGCCCAGACGUUGGGUGUUACGGUGGGUGAGAAGACUAUCGCACGCGCAAGACAGGAGAUGGCUGCAGGUGACGAAGCGGCAAACGCAGAGGACCAAGUGGGCGAUGAGCAGCAGCAGCAGCAGCAGCAGCAACAACAACAACAGGACCAGGCUGACGGCGAGGUCGUGGAACAAGAGCCGGGCCCGUACUCGAGAACUGGGCUUGAUGUUUUCGCGCGCACUCAGGUCGACCGAACAGCAGCGGCCCAGGGUAUGAAUGUCUCCUCAAGGCAAGCCAGCUACACAAUGCCCGGCUGCAACACGCUCUCAAUGCUGCUUGAAUCUGCGACUCGGCUCAGACGAGCGUAUCUUGGACAGGCGUGUUGGGAUAUUCUCACUUCAAAGACUGGCCGCUAUAGGGUCAUGCCUGACACAACAAACAUCAUAGGGUACAUGCGAUUACUCCGGCUUUCCCGCUCAAGUCGUGCGGCAGUCGAGAUCCUUGAACGCGAAGCUGCCCAAAUCGCGAGGCAAAGAGGUGCGUUCGUCAUCGGCAUGAGCACCUGCGUGCGCGACAAGAACAACCCCAACGUCUUUGACAAUGCCACUCGGAUGCUGGAUGUCAUGCAGCAGAAGGCGAGCGAAGCGCAGAUCAGGAAAGAGGAGAAAGCUGAGAUGGAGGAAGAGGAAGAGAAAGAUGAGCAAGGGGUGCGGCGGGCGCGUAAGUCGGUUCGCGAGCUGGAGAUGCUGGAGCUGGACCCGAAGAUUCUGACGAUGUACCUUGAAUUGGCUAUGUACACGACCAGGGGCGUCAACUCGAAAUUGCCUCUGAAAAAGCUGCCUAGCGGUGACCUGGACUAUGAGCGAGAUCCCAGCAAGAACAACACUAUGCGAGCUCUGAGGCGAUUAGGUCCGGAUCUUUCGAACAUCAAGAGAAUGUUAGCCAUGGUUCAAGAGGAGAUGGAACAGAAUGCGAGACUAGCGAGGAUGAAUGCGACUGCGCGGAGAAAAUUCAGAACACCAGCAUCUACAGGAGAGAAGGCUGAGGACCUGUUGACAUUGCUGAAGACUCUUGUCUCAGCCUGCGAUCGGGUUCUUGCCGUCAACUUCCGCCUCGAGGAAGAGGGCAUGGGCCCGCUCGAGAAGAGCACACUGACUGCGGUAAAGAUGGCCAAAGCUCAAAUCGCAGCUUACUAUGGAAAGCUGUCUAUCCGAAUGGGCAUUAGUGGGCCUAAAGUGUUUGAAGGUUACAACCCCAGAGCUCAAGGUGCAGAUGCAGAGCAAGACGAGCAGACCGAGGAGGCUGAAGAGGGUCGAUUGGAAGAAGACCUCUUCUUGACGAGAACCCCCCUUGAUGCUAAAGUCAAGAAGUAUGCGAACAAGUUGCGGGCUGGAAAAGGAACGGCACCCCAUCCGGGAAAGCUGGGGCUGCAGCAGGGCAAGGGGCCGGCAACACGACCGCUCUCCAGACGACAGAAGCAAGAGCGCGAGCGCGAGCGAAGGGAAGACGGCAUCAGACGGACAAUGGUUCAUACUGGCAUGAGUGAGAAGGAGGUUAGGAAAGAAAGGCGGGAGAGGACUCGGAAAGACUCCUGGCAAUCGGACCAGCGGGGCUUCUGGGGCGAUGGUGACUUGGGGGCGCUGAAUGACCCAAAGGGUUUCACCGAAGUGACGGGCCGGAGCGCCGCGUGA